AUGGUUGACCUACUAGGGACCAGAGUAGUCGUACCUGGAACGACCAGAGGUUCUGGAAUCCUAAGAUACAUUGGACCCAUCCAGGGAAAGUCGGGUGUUUUUGGAGGUAUAGAACUCCAGGGACCCAUAGCAGCCUCUAGAGGUAAGAACAAUGGAUCUGUUGAUGGAAUCCAGUAUUUCGAUGUUCAACAGCCUAUGAGUGGUUUGUUUAUUCCUUGGGAGAGACUUCGAACUGCCAAUGGCAGACUCCCCAAGUAUGAGGAUACCAUAAGGCCUCUGUCUGGGUAUUCAGAGGACCUAAGGACGCCUUCUCCACGCCAGAAACCACCGUCUAGGGCUAGCAGGCCAACUUCACAGAAUCAGAGUCCGCAAUUGGCCCAGCCUAUUAUGGUUGCUAAGAGAAGAGUGGCUUCUGGCGAUUCUAUGGGAAGUGGUGCUCGGUCAGUAGCUGGAUCUAGAAGUGAUCUGGGUGAUUUAUUUGAUAGAACAAGAAGUCUGUAUGACUCCGAGGCUGCCAAGCGGGAAAUCAGCCAGUUGAGGGCUAUUAUUAAUAGCAAAGAUAAUGAUCUUCAGGAACGUGACAAUAUCCUAGCUGGUCUUCAGAAUACUGUCAACGAGUUGCAAGCUGUGCUUGGAGACCUAGAACAAGAGCUCGAGCAGAAGAACCACAAAUUGGCGAAGCAAAAGGCUGACAAUGAUAAAGCUAGAGAGGAAUGGAGAGAGAGCUUGCAGCUUAUGAUGUCUGCUCAACAGGAAGCCGAAGAGCUCUACGAGCAGCAGAUCGAGGAACUUAGAGGAAACAUGGCUGCUUCUGAGAAUCAAGGUGAUUCAGAACGCGUUUCUGAGCUUGAAGAACGUAUUAAGUCAUUGACAGCAGAGAAUGAAGAGAUUAAGAAGCUGCUUGCCGAGAAAGCACCUUCAGGAGCCGCUGAAGAUGACGAAAAACAACAGGAACUUGAAAAAUCUCUCAAUAGACUCCAGCAAGAUGUUACGUCGUUAGAGUUUGUGGUUCAGGAUAGCCAGGCUAAUGUUAAGGAGAGAGAUGCUAAAAUUGUUGGCUUGGAGAUGGAGCUCGAGGAUCUAAAACAGAAAGAAGUCGACGGUCUCCUGCUGCAGGUGGAUAGCUUACAGUUAACAGACUCAAAGAAGAAGAUUGAACAGCUCGAAAAGCAGUUGGAAGAGAAGUCUGAGGAUUUUGAAGCUCAGAAAGCUCUUGAGAAACGUCUAGAAGGCCUUCAAACAGAAUUAGAUGCGUCCAAGCAGGAAACUUCUAAGCUUCGAGAAGAGCUUAGUAACGGUUCAAACAAAAGCGGAUCAGGAUCAGAAGAAUUAGAAAAGAAGAUAGAAGACCUCACUCAUGAACUCAAAAUGAGGCCUACUUUCGAAGAACUCAGUGAGCUCCAGACAUCACUUGAAGAGGUCGACCUGCUUCACCAACAAUCCCUAGCUGAUAAAGAUAGAAACUUGGCUGCCAUGGAACAGGAGAAGAAGCAACUUGCUGAAGAGUUGGAAAAGCUACGUCUCCAGCAAUCCAUGCCAAAACCGAAGGAGGACUCUUACGCUUCUGAUGAUAAGGAAAACACGAAACCUGUGAGUUACGUCAAAAACGAGACGCUAGGUAUCUACAAGCCACCCAAACCUGUUGAUCCUAGCAGUGGAAGACAGAAUUGGUGUGGGCUUUGUGAACGUGAUGGACACAACAGUCUCAACUGCCCUUACGAGAACGAUAUCUUCUAA